AUGCAGAACAACGCCAAGCUAGCAGACAAGGGCUUUGCUCACAGCUCUGCAGAGGCUAUGCUGAGACUGAGUCGGCGUCGGAAGCAGGAUCUCUGGCUGCCAUCAACAAGUUUCCAUUCAAGGUGGCCAUUGGUGGGACCUGCACCAGCGGCUCUGUGUCUGUGUGUGAUCAGCAUGCUCCUAGUGUGCCUGAUGCCUCAUGCAUCGUGCACAACCUGCCCUCAAAAAUGCCGCUGUGAGGACCUACAGUUCUACUGCGACACCCAGGGGCUUCAGGCACCCCCAGAUGGUGUGGACAAGGGGGCCCUGGGGUUGUCGCUACGCCACAAUAGCAUCACUGAGCUCAGACCUGAUCAAUUCUAUGGAUUCAGCCAGCUCACCUGGCUACAUCUAGACCACAACCAGAUUACCACAGUACAAGAGGAUGCCUUUCAAGGGCUCUACAAGCUGAAGGACCUCAAUCUGAGCUCCAAUCGUAUCACCAAGUUGCCCAACACAACCUUCAUCCACCUCAUCAACCUUCAGAUACUGGACCUGUCCUUCAAUCAGAUGACUGCAUUGGAACCAGAACUGUUUCAUGGACUGAGGAAACUCCAGAUACUCCACCUUCGCUCCAAUUUACUUCGCACCACACCUGUUCGGGCAUUCUGGGACUGCCGCAGCCUGGAAUAUCUGGGCCUGAGCAGCAACCGCCUACGGAGUCUGGCCCGGAAUGGAUUUGCUGGGCUCAUUAAGCUUAAAGAGCUCCACCUGGAGCACAAUCAGCUGACCAAGAUAAACUUGGCCCAUUUCCCUCGCCUUGUUGCCCUGCAGUUUCUAUAUCUGCAAUGGAACAAGAUAAGCAACCUAACAUGUGGCAUGGAGUGGACCUGGACCACUUUAGAGAAGCUGGACCUCACAGGAAAUGAAAUUCGUGUCCUGACACCUGACGUGUUUCAAACGUUGCCAAAUUUAAAGAUUUUGCUGCUGGAUAACAACAAACUAAGCAGUCUUGAUCCCCAAGUCAUGGAUAUGUGGCAGUCUCUGGGCACCAUUGGGCUGUCUAGCAACCUUUGGGAAUGUACCAGAAGGAUUUGCUCUCUGGCCACUUGGCUAAGCACCUUUAAGGGAAGGUGGGAACAUUCCAUUCUCUGCCAUAGUCCUGAAUAUGCCCAAGGUGAGGAGAUACUUGAUGCCGUUUAUGGAUUCCAGCUUUGCCAGAAUUUUUCAGCGCCAGUUGUUCAGACCAUUAGUACAACCACAGACGCUACUACAGCUGCAGAGAUCACAAGCUCCUUGUUUGGAAUUAUGCAGCCGACUCCAACGCUGGACUAUACAGAGGAUUUUGGGAGCUUUACCACAGUCACUAUCACAACAACCACAACACAAACACCACGCACUGCUGAAGUAACUACUGCUACACUGGAAGAGGCAGCUGUAACGGAUGACUUCUCGGCAAUGGACAACACUGUUAUGACUCAUAGGGUUAUUAUUGGAACUAUGGCCCUUCUAUUUUCAUUCUUUUUCAUCAUUUUUGUUGUGUAUAUCUCACGGAAGUGCUGCCCUCCCACCCUGCGACGGAUACGCCACUGUUCGGCUAUACAGAACCGCAGACAGAUGAGGACCCAGCAGCGACAGCCUAUGGCAGAUCUAGCUACACAGGUACCCUAUAAUGAGUAUGAGCCCAGCCAUGAAGAAGGAGCACUCGUAAUCAUCAACGGCUAUGGGCAGUGCAAGUGUCAGCAACUGCCUUACAAAGAGUGUGAAGUAUGA